AUGUCUCUCAUUCAACUCGCCCUUGAAUAUGGCGCCCCUGUCUUUCUCAUUUCCUCUCCUCUCACGUCCUAUGCCGACCAGAUCCUCAGCAUUCACCGGAAUAGGAGCUCCGCAGGCUUCUCCUUGGACAUUCCGUUGAUCAUGCUUGUCGCAUCGAUCCUGAAGGUCUUCUAUUGGUUUGGAGAAUACUAUUCGGGUGCCCUGCUGGCACAGGCCUUGGUCAUGAUAGUCGUACAGGCGGCCCUUCUCAAGGUUGCUUUGGACAACCGACCCGCCUCGGGCGCGAAAAAUGGCAUCGAGCAUACACCUUUCAGCAGCGGCUCUAGCGGAGGAUUCGUGCGGCCAUACGACUUUUGGCAGUGGAGGAGCACAAAGCCCUACUGGUUGUUCCUGGGCUAUUUCGUCGCUAUUCUGACUGUGAUUCACCUCACUCCUAUCUCCUACUCGGAGACCUAUAUUAGCGUCCUCGGCUGCGUUGGCCUGGCUGUCGAAGCCAUUCUCCCCCUCCCUCAAAUCUUCGCCAACCAUCGCUCCGGCUCUUGCAAGGGUUUCCGGGUUUCUGUUCUCGCAUCAUGGCUUCUUGGUGACACUAUGAAGAUGAGCUACUUCUUCUGCAGCGGAGAGGCCAUCCCCUGGUCAUUCAAGCUGUGCGGUAUGUUCCAGUGCGUGUGCGACUUCUACCUGGGCUUCCAGUACUGGAUGUUCACCCAAAUGACUCCUCGAGCCCCGGCCACCUCUCAAAGUCUCGAAGACCGAUGGGGCCAAGGAGAGAAGGAUAUCCGAAUGAAUUAA